GAGUCUUCUAUUUUUGAUGAAUGUUCCACUUUCAUGAUGGCUGCAGAACUCACAUCAACAAAGCUAAACCCUGAGAGCCAUCUCCUCUUGGACCAACCUCUUCUUCGUCUCCCCCACGAACUAGCACGACGAAAUUUCAAAUCUGUACAAAGAAUCGUCGAGCGAGAACGAGACUAUAUCAUCCCCGCACUCAAAGAAACCGCGAAUGGCUCGUUGGCGGGCACCCAAACUCCCGAUCAGACGCUCGCGUCCUUGGACGCCAUGAUAGCUAGAAUGCAAGGAUUGAAACGGAAGAUGGAGUCCCUGCAAGAAGAAGAGAAGAAGAUCCAGACUCAGUCGAAGAGACGUAUCCACCACCUUCAAGAUCUCUAUAAGAUCCAGACUUUGUCAGAUGUCAAAUAUGAAGACUGGUCUCGGACACGUCUUGAUAGGUUGAUAGUAGAUCAUAUGUUACGCUCAGGGUUUCCAGAGAGUGCAAAACAGCUGGCAAAGGCAAAGGGUAUCGAGGAUCUAGUUGAUAUCGGCACUUUUGUUCAGUGCCAGCGGAUUGCGGAGGGUCUGCGGAAGGGAGAUGCGAAGGAGGCAUUACAAUGGUGCGGUGAAAACAAGGUUGCUUUAAAGAAAACCCAGAAUACUCUGGAAUUCGAAUUGCGCCUUCAGCAGUAUAUCGAAAUGGUCCGGACUGGACAGCCCACGAAAAUGAUUGAAGCCAUGCAGCACGCCAAGAAGUAUCUAUCGCCGCAUCUUGAGACGCAGUCAGUGGAAAUUCACCGUGCUGCUGGUCUACUUGCUUUUCCAAGGGACACUGACGCAGAGCCCUAUAAGUCUAUGUAUUCUCUCGAUCGAUGGAAAUAUCUUUCCGAACUUUUCCUUCGCACCCAUCAUGAGCUACUCUCAUUACCCCCUCGACCACUGCUACAUAUAGCUCUAUCCGCAGGCUUGUCUGCCCUAAAAACGCCAGCAUGUCACUCGAAAUACGCCUCUUCAAGCACCAACAACCUGUCAGUCACUACAUCAGUAUGUCCCAUCUGCUCCACGGAAUUGAAUGAGCUAGCUAGACAUGUUCCAUAUGCGCACCAUACGAAGAGCUCGGUGGAGAAUGAUUCAAUUAUUCUUCCUAACGGCCGAAUCUAUGGACGUGAGCGAAUAUUGGAGAUGAGUAGGAAAGUAGGAUCUGUCGGGGAAGGGAAAGUGAAGGAUCCGACUACUGGCGAGGUCUUUGACGAAAAGGAUAUGAAGAAGGUCUAUAUUAUGUAGUAUUUUUACAGACUGGAUCGGAAUGUGUAUAUACGAGUUUAGGUCAUUGUGAUUUAAUUUGAUGCAAUGCAUACAAUA